AUGUCUUCAGAUGAUGAAGCCGAUCCUGAGCUUGUGGAGCUUCUGCGCCAACACUUCCAGGGCAAGCUCGCUGUAAAGGAGGAUGUUGACACCGGUGUCCUCGAUGGGUGCGAGUACAUCUAUGACAAUUGCAUCGACGUGGCUGUUGAUAUGCGAGCUUCAAAGGCGGCAGCCGAGACAAUUUUUAACAAAAUGGCUGAUCAGGGUUAUUCCAUGUCUUCCUGGUCUGAACAUGAACUUCACCCCAAAACCAAGGAUGAGGCAACUGUGGAUUUCAUCUUCACUAUGGACCUAUUGAACUUCUCUUUCUGGUCAGAACUGCCGGAAGAUGAACGGUUUGCGAUCGAGUACAGAGGCCGGAGAUGGACAGGCUACUGGAGUUUAGUCGCUGGUCUGCAAAGAGCGCUGGAAGAGGGGAUACCCAUCACAGACCCCCAAUUCUGGCGUGACGAGCGCGAGUGCAACCUUGAAAAGCUAAGGUAUAUCUUCCGGUCCUGCACUGAUGAAGACAUGCCCAUGCUCAAGGAACGCCUGGACUGCCUUCAGGAAGCAAGCCAGGUUUUGUACGAGCGCUAUGACAGCUCCGCCGCCAAUCUCGUUGACGCCGCCGAUGGUUCAGCGGCACGUCUCGUGAAUCUCCUGGCUCAAGACUUUCAGUGCCUCCGUGACGAACACGUAUACGAGGGCCGCACGAAGCCGGUGCGCUUUCUCAAACGGGCUCAGAUAUUCGUCGCCGAUCUGUGGGCUUGCUUCGAGAGUCAGUCGUUCGGCGAAUUCCAUGAUAUCGACAAGAUCACAAUGUUUGCGGACUACCGCAUACCACAGAUCUUGACAUCUCUCGGUGCACUGUACUGCAGUCCCACGGUGACAGCGGCCAUCAAAGACAAAAAGCUUCUCGAGAGUGGUGGAAAGUUGGAGAUGCAGCUUAGAGCUUGCAGUAUCUGGGCUGUAGAGCUCAUCAGGAGGGAAAUCAAGCGACAGCAUCCCAAGGCAGACAUUAACGCAAUUCUCAUAGAUUUCUUCCUUUACGACACUAUCAAGGAGAUGGAGGCUCAGGGAAAGGAGCCCCUGCCACACCACCGCACCAGAAGCAUAUGGUACUGA